CGCCAACCCAGCAUCAUAUAUAACACGUUAUCUACUUUCUCCAGUGUGUUUUCCAGUGCUCAUCUCUUGGCAUUUUGACUUCCACAUCUCUCCUUCGACAUGCGGUUCCUUCGUGCAGGGGCUUUGGCAGCCUCGCUUUCCGCCGCCUCAGCCUUGAAGAACAACACCUACGACUAUAUUGUUGUUGGCGGUGGUCCAUCUGGAAUCAUCACCGCAGAGAGAUUCGCCGAAGCGGGCAAGAAUGUCCUUCUACUGGAACGAGGCGUCGGCCCCACUGUGAGCACCGGCAACAAUGAAACGCUGAGCUGGAACCGUACCUUGACCCCAAUCGACGUUCCUGGACUGUCGGCUGAUAUUGGUAACCUGGACGUCUGGAAUCAGUACAUGUGUACUGACACCGAUGGAACCGCGGCCUGCGUGUUGGGUGGUGGUGUCACCGUCAACUACAUGGUCUUUGUCCACCCCCCUGCGCACGAUUUCGACGACAAGUGGCCCAAGGGAUGGAAAUGGGAGGAUGUCAAGCUGGCGUCCGAGCGUCUGUACCAGCGUAAUCCUGGAACCACCCAACCUUCGGCCGAUGGCAACCGUUACGACCAAGGUCUUUACAAAGUGCUCUCCAAAUUCUUCAACCAGCUGGGUUGGAAGUCAGUCGACAUGAUUGCGGCUCCGAAUGAGAAGCACCAGAUCUACAGUUACCCUGCCUGGAACAUCGCCAAUGAGAAGCGUGCUGGUCCUGUUCGUACCUAUCUGCCUUUGGUGAAGGACGCCGACAACUUCACGCUUCGUCUUAACUCCAAGGUCAAUCGUCUUGUGAGAACUGGCAGUGAGGUGACCGGCGUUGAGGUUGUUGAUGCCGUCACCGGACAAACUGAAGUGGUCACGCUCGCUCCUCAUGGUCGUGUGGUUUUGGCGGCUGGAGCACUCUCUACUCCCCGACUGCUCUUCAACUCCGGUAUCGGCCCUAAAAAGCAGAUCGAAACCGCCAAGAAGAGUGGUAUCGCCGUCCCUCCCCAAGAGGAAUGGAUCGACCUGCCUGUCGGUGUCGGACUCAAGGACCACCCUAUCUUCAGCAUCAAUGUAAACACUGGUGGUGACUUUGCCCCUCUCGAUUUCGACAGCUUCCUCAAUGGGUCUGCUACGACUGACAUCAACCUGUACCGCCAAAGCAGCGGAGCCUUCACCCAGGGCAAGCACCGCAUGAUCUUCUUCACUUCGAACCAGGUCAACGGACACACCCGGUACUACCAGGGAUCUUGUGCCCCCGCCGAUGAAGGUGUUGUGGCGAUCACAGCCUACAUGACCCAUGGUCUGACUUCUGCCGGAGUGCUCGGUCUGGACGAGAAGGGCAACACCGUGAUUGAGCAAUCGCCCUACAUGCAAACUGCUGAUGACUGGGCUGCUGCGAAGCUGUUCAUCGACCAGCUUUUGUACGACAUCACUGAUCCAUCCACUGGAUUCAAGCUGCAGGGCAACACUAACACUUCUGCGAUCCUUGCUUCGCCGGCUGUUGGUGUCCACUACGUCGGCACGGCCAAGAUGGGCACUGACGACGGACGCAAGAACGGGACAUCCGUGGUCGACACCAACACUAAGGUGUAUGGCAUGGACAACUUGUAUGUUGUUGACGGCAGUAUGCACCCUGAUCUCCCGACGGGUAACAUCCAGGCCACCAUCAUGGUUGCUGCCGAGCAAGCUGCUGCUAAGAUUCUGGCCCAGCACUAA